CAUUGCCUCACUAAAAAACAGACUAUGCGGCGUUAUCUGGUGCUAACUCUGUUGCUGGUGUGCCAAAUUGCGGAGAGCCAAAAGACUCCGAAAAAAGCAGCGACUCCUGAACCCCCAGAACCCACUGAAGCCCCCGAACUUCCAGAGGUCACCUCCACACCGAGUCCGACCGGAGGAAAUAAAUUCGGGGCAUCAAAAGCAUCAGCAAAGGGAUCAGCUGCCGGUUCACCUGCCCUGGACGCCAAUGGCGAACCCAUAGAACCACCGGAACCGACAGAUGCACCCGAAAUCACCACCAAACCGGUGGUGGCAGGCGCCAGCAACACGAGUGGAAGCAACACAAAAACAACAGCUGCCAAAACCGAUAAAACAACAACAAUCGCGCCACAAAAAGCGAAAGGAGGCGUGGCCAAAAAAGCAGAAAAAGGUGGGGUCAAAAAAGCAACAAUAGUCGGGAACAAAAAAGCAACAAAAGGCGGGGCCAAAAAAGCAGCAUCAAAGGCUAGUUCUUCAUUGCCAUCAGCACCGACAACUGCAGAACCGCCUGAGCCGACCGAAGCUCCAGAGCCUGUCCCUGGGACCAGUGGCCCCAAAGCCGGAAGUGACGUAGCCAAUAAAGUGGCCUCAGGAGCAGGGAAGGGCGGAUCACCCAAAGCCGCUUCUUCUGCACCAGCUAAAGCCGCAUCGACAACUGAACCCCCUGAGCCAACCGAGGCACCGGAAACACCGGAACCUGUAGCCGAGACCAGUGGCGCUAAGACCAAGAGUAAGGGGAGCAAGAUAGGGGGCGCCUAGACAGGGACCGGCACCGAAGAUAUACAGUCUAAACAUCAGACAGAACUAAAGAAGCAAGAGAACUCCUAUACCCACAGGAGAAAGGGAAAUCUAAAAAUCUCGAAUUUUUAUUGAGUUCAGUUUAAUGAGAAGACCUUUUCAUAAGUCCCCUAUAAGAUAACAUUCACUUCAUUAGUAUGUCUCAGUCAUUUUACGCAUUUGAAGUAAUGAGUAUAUAUAUAUGUGAUAGAUCUUUUGCAAAGGCCGUAUUUUAAAGAAAUAAAUAUAUAAAUCAUC